AUGGAAGCCUUAUACUUCAACGUCAAUGAUGGCUAUUUGGAAGGUAUUGUGAGGGGUUAUAAGAGUGCGAUUCUUAACACCACCCACUAUCUUAACUUGACGCAAUGUGAAACCUUGGAUGGUAUUAACUUUUCGAAUUCUGUUCAUGGAUUUACAAGUACAGAUCUAAAACUUCAGCUUAGUGCUACAGACUAUGGCAACUUUCUGGCUAAUGAGCCCUCUCCUAUAGCUGCUUCAACGAUUCACGAGAAGGCAACACAAAAAUUGGUCGCUGAAUUUAAAUAUGUACAUAAUAACGCGACACAACCGUUGUCCAAAUUUUUGGAUUAUCUGACUUAUGCCUAUAUGAUUGAUAAUGUAAUUCUUUUAAUAACUGGCACUCUACACCAACGUGAUACUAAUGAAUUGCUGGAACGAUGCCACCCACUUGGAAAGUUUGAUACCAUGGCAGCACUUUGUGUUGCAACUAACGUUACGGAUUUGUACGAUACUGUGAUUGUGGAGACGCCUCUUGCCCCAUACUUUCAAAAAUUGUCCGUUAAUGAUAUUGAUGAAUUAAAUAUUGAAAUCAUUCGUAACACGCUUUAUAAAGCGUAUCUUGAAGAUUUUUAUGGUUAUUGCAAGAGAAUUGGUGGUGUGACAGGAGAAUUAAUGUGCGAAAUUUUGGAGUUUGAAGCUGAUCGUCGCACUAUCAAUAUCACAAUAAAUUCUUUCGAUACUGAAUUGUCGAGAGAUGAUCGUGAAAAAUUGUUCCCAAGUCUUGGUAAAUUAUAUCCAGAUGGACAUGUAAAACUUGCAAGAGCAGAUUGCAGGGACCAUGUUAAGACAAUUGUUGAGGAAUAUCGACCUUUUUUUGAUACAACUCUAAAUUCUUUUGGCGGAGCUGCCACAAGCGAAGCCAAAUCCUUAGACGACCAUUUUUUUGAGUAUGAAGUUCAUCUUAACAAACUCACUUUCCAGCAACAAUUUCAUUAUGCAAUGUUUUACGCGUUUUUAAAAUUAAAAGAACAAGAAAUUAGAAACAUAUUGUGGAUUGCUGAAUACACCAAUUGCAUAAUAAUGUCCAACAUAUAUUCUCAACUUCCAAAACAUGUUAUUAAUUCACCAGAGGCCAAAAAGGAACGUCAACCACCAGUAUCUGAAACUACAAAAAAAUUUGUACCAAAUUUCGUGAUGGGGGCUUUGGAGGAAACGGUCAAAGACUCUGCUAAGGUUUAUGAUUCAAAAUUAAAGGAUAAAGUUUUAUUACUCGAUAAUCCUUUGAAAACCUCUAAUGAAAAGAAAAAAAGAAGGCGUUCGAAAAGGAAGAUAAAGUCUAUGAGUGCAAAAGAGAAAAGAGAAACAAGAAUAUAUGAAAUUCCAAAGGAAUGCCAUAGAUAUGAGCUUUUUAUUCCCUUGAAUGAACUUUGGCUUCAAUAUAUUGAUGAAUUAUACGGAACUUCGAGUCCUACCAUUUUUGUUCAAAAGCUAUUGAAAGCAGAUUUCCAUGGCGCCAUUUUAACUGGAAUUAAUAUUCAUGAAACAGAAAAUGUGUUCAAAUUGAUCACAAAGGAUAAUGUUCUUAAAGUUAUUCCUAAAGGUCACAGUGUAUUUACAUUUCUAUUACGAGACCAUAUGUUUACUUUAUAUGGAGAUCAAUUUAGAUUUAGAUCCGCUGUUAGAGCGGCAAAGAAAUUUAAAAACAAGCCUACUAUUGAUUUAUAA